UCUUCGGUACUGUCAGGCAUUGUUCACAACGGUGCGCGGGGAUAUUGUGCAACAGCGGUGAAGAGACCUUUAAGUAAAUAAUGAAGCGUUGAGUGGUGCACGGUUAAGCUGUCUGCUUGCGGCUCUCAUUUCACUCCAGCUCUCGCACUGACAGGUGCUGCGUACUAAAGAUAAAAAUAAUCCGAUGACCUAAUCUGUGGCUUUUUAUCGUCGACAAUAGUCGCGGUUAUUAGCUGCGACUUCCCUGUCGCGUUUUGUGGUUUCCCAACCGCAUAACGUCGUUGAUCAAACUUGCAGAUUGAUACUAAUUGCCGUUAAUAUAAACUCACCUCAUCCGCUAUUGCUGAUAUCAACUAGGUUGACCAGUUGAACAGUUUCUCACUUACCUCCAGUAACGACAAUGUCAAGAACGUCAGCAAUUCACAAUCAAUAGCCAUAGUAACAGCUGACUGAAAUAUUAAACAGUGUGAAACAAGCAAAAGACAGACUAAAUUGAACUAAGCUGAGUGAAAACAAAAUAGCAUAUAAACAUGGCAGGUGCAAGUAAGGAGGUAAAUCCUGCAGACAUGAACGACGCUGGGGGAGGCAACAACAUCGUCGGGCUGAUAUUUUCUUUCGUUAAAAAAUUUGUCACCGUCGGUUUGGUAUGGGGAUGUGGUUACAUGAAUUGGAGCAUCGCGUGGUUCAUUGGACCGAUCAUAUUGUCUGUACUAAGGACAGAAUGGAGAAGAGAAAGCGAUCAGCGCCGGCUUACUGCCCAGGCAACCGUUCUUGCUGGCGAACAACAAAUGAUCGUCAAUAAAAUGUAUGAACUUCCGUCUUGGGUGUAUUUUCCAGACGUUGAUCGAGCCGAGUGGCUGAACAAGAUCUUGUAUAAGCUCUGGCCGAGCAUGAACCAAUUUGUUCGUCAACUAUGCAAACAGGAUAUUGAGCCAGCAGUUGUCGCUCGAUUGGCGCAAUACAAAUUGAAAGGAUUUUCUUUCGAGAGAUUAGUUUUGGGGCGAAUUCCUCCGAGAAUUGGUGGGAUUAAGGUUUAUGAUAAAAAUACUGAUAGGAAUGAGAUCAUCUUGGAUGCCGAUAUUUUAUAUGCUGGAGAUUGCGACAUCUCAUUCUUUUGUAGUAAUGUCAAAGGAGGCAUCAAAGAUUUUCAGAUUCGUGGUAUGAUAAGAGUCGUAAUGAAGCCCCUUUUGUCCAUCAUGCCACUUGUCGGAGGUCUUCAGAUAUUCUUUCUAAAUAUGCCCUCAGUCGAUUUUAAUCUAGUCGGAGUAGCCGACGUGCUGGAUAUGCCUGGUUUGAGUGAAGUUUUGAGAAAAGCUAUCGUCGAACAAAUUGGUGCGAUUAUGGUCUUGCCCAACAAAUUGCCGAUAACUUUGAGUCCAGAUGUCCCACCUGAGCUUCUGAAAACUCCUGAACCAGAGGGUGUGCUACGAAUUCACGUAAUAGAAGCAAAGGAUCUGAUGAAGAAGGACUUCAGUGUCUUGGGUAAAGGAAAGUCAGAUCCGUAUGCGGUAAUAAAUGUUGGAGCGCAAGAAUUCAAGACAAAAACAAUUGACAAUACGGUAAAUCCCAUUUGGGAUUUCUGGUGUGAGGCUGUGAUCACUUGCUGCAGUGUACAGGUGAUAACUUCUUCUCUAUGGGAUUGGGACCCAGGAUUUCCUUGCAUCCAAAAUGAUGACUUUCUUGGAAGAGCAUCUAUCGAGGUAAUCAAUGUUCAGCAAAAAGGAACUUUGGACACCUGGGUCACAUUGGAGUUUGCAAAGCAUGGAAUGGUCCACCUUCGUCUUAAAUGGCUGACUCUUUCUAACAAUGUCGGUGAUUUACCAGCUGCCUUGGCUGAGACUCAACAGCUGCGAGUUACUUCAAUGAGUACUGCGCUUCUGAUUCUCUACAUUGAUUCAGCGAAAAAUUUGCCAUGUCUCCGUGCUACGAAGCAGCCAGACGUCUACCUUGAGGCAGUGCUGGGAAAUCGCACUGAGCGCACUAAUACGAUGCUAAGAUCUUGUGAUCCAGUAUGGGAACAAGGAUUCACCUUCCUGGUUUCAAAUCCAGAAUCAGAUAUACUGCAUUUAAAAAUUGUAGACGAGAAGACUGGUAUGAAUAUCGGUACAUUGAGCUACCACCUUACCUCACUAAUGGAUAAAAAAAAUCUAGAAAUUUCUCAGCAGCCGUUUAAUCUGCAACAUGCUCAGGCUGACAGUAGAAUAAUUCUGUCCAUGCGACUGAAGAUUUUGAAGUACGAUAAUCCAGAGCCAACUCCAAACAACGAAGAACCCCAGGACAUAAACACACUUAAGAGAGAAAUAAAACGUCAGGAAUCGAACAUAAGCAACACUCCAUCUAGUAGCAUCACACCUAGCCCGCUAAAAAAACAACCUUCUAAAGAAUCUGUGGCCAGCAGUGUCAUCUCUGCAGCGAGUUUUAAUCCAGUCGCGCCUAUUGAAGAUCAAGGAACAACAUUUAUACAAGAAGAAAUAGCAACUUCUGCAGUAUCAGUACCGGUGAAUGCGAGCCCGCAAUUAAUUCGCAGGAACAUUAGCAUGACUUCUUCAGCGGGAGAAACAGGCCUGGGCAGGAUUCAGCUUACGCUACGCUACAGUGUCGCUAGACAGAAACUUGUUGUUGUUGUCCACAAGAUUGCAAAUCUACCGCUCCCGCAAAACGAUCCUAGCAAUGUACCCGAUCCGUACGUCAAACUUUAUCUCUUGCCAGAUCGUCACAAGGAAACCAAGAGGAAAACCGCCGUGAUGAAGGAUAACUGUAAUCCCGUUUACGACGAGCAGUUCGAGUACAUUAUCUCUCAAGGUGACAUAAAUACACGCAGAUUAGAAGUCUCGGUCUGCACCCAAAAAGGGUGGCUUUCUACUGGUGGUAACGUAAUGGGUCAGGUCUACAUAACUUUAUGCGACAUGGAUUUAACUCAGUCGAAUACCGCUUGGUACGAUUUACUACCUGCAAACCGUGACUAAACGACCGAACAAGGCAUUAAAAAAAAAACCGGGAGUUACUGUGCUCGGUUUAGUUGAGAUUGAUUUGGUAAACAAAACUGUACUAAGGAUUGAUAUGCUACGUUGCUACAGCGAUAAAUAAAUCACGAAGAAAAGUUUGUGGUUCCAGAGAGACACAAAAGAAGAGCAGCUAUUAUCUGAAAAUAUAUUUUCACAGUUCCAUUAUGCAACGCUUUAUUAUAAUUAUUAUUACGAGAUAUUUUUUGCAGCUAGUAAUAAUCGAGCAAUUAAAUCGCUCUAUUUGUGAAAGCAUUUUACAUAGUUUUUAUAAUACAUAUACAAUACGUCAUAAUGGGGCAUUUGUACAUUAAUUAUAAGUAUACCCACAGUUUAGACGAUUAUUUCAAGAUUUUCAUACUGACAUUGACAGUUUAUGGCAAAUCCAAUCGUGUUCAAUAAUUUUUUUUAUUUCUCGCUCAUUUUUAACUCAUUUAUUUUAUAUUAGGAAAUUUUACUCUAAAUUUUUCUAUUAUAUUUCGAAAUUCAUGUAAUAGUAUUUUCAUCAUUGGCAUUGAAAAAAAAAAUGUAUUGAUGCGCCAACUUAUUGAAUUAUAUUAUGCACUAAUUAUGUUAUACGGUACACGGUAUUUAAACCGUUGAAACACUUUAAUGACAAAUGUAUUAUUUAAAUACUGAGUUCAGUGGAGCGUUUGCAUCUCAAAACAAACAAACAUAGUUGACUUAUAAUAUAUUAAAGUUUAAAUAUGUUAUGUAAUACAUAUGUACAGUAUAUACACAAACGGAUCUGUUAUUUAACACUAUUCUAUUUGUAAUUGAUAUCCAAAUGAACAACAAGGCAGGCCUUUACUACGAUGAUAGAUAUAUUAUCUGUUAUACGUUAAAGAAAAAAAAACGGGUCUGUCAUGCAUAAUUAUAAAUCUAUUGCCUGACACACAAGUUAUAAACUAAUUUUUGUUAAUGUUAUAAAUCAUGAUAUAUAUAUUAUAUAGUGUAUACAUAUACAAAUAUUACUGUUAUAAGUAUUUUUAUUAUAUUUUGCAAGAAGACUUGUUUCUGUUUUUGCUAACACACUAUUGCGUGCGGUAAACUACUAAUAAAUAUAAUCUGCAUUUAAA